AUGCCACUAGUCAAGAGGAACAUUGAGCCUCGUCACCUGUGCCGCGGUGCUCUGCCCGAUGGCAUCGGCAGCGAGCUGGAGUGUGUCACCAACAAUACACUGUCGGCCAUCAUACGCCAGCUCAGCAGUCUAAGUAAACAUGCAGAGGAUGUUUUUGGGGAGCUGUUUAAUGAAGCCAACACGUUCUACACACGGGCCAACUCCCUCCAAGACCGCAUAGACCGCCUGGCUGUCAAGGUCACCCAGCUGGAUUCCACUGUGGAGGAGGUCUCCCUGCAGGACAUCAACAUGAGGAAGGCGUUCAAGAGCUCCACCACACAGGACCAGCAGGUGGUGUCCAAGGGCAGUGCUGCCAACCCCGUCUCGGAGCUGUACAACACCAGCGACAAGCCUCCCCCUCUCAGCAUCCUCUCUGCUUACAGAGACGACCACGUCGACGGGAUGAAGUUCUACUCGGACCCGUCGUACUUCUUCGAACUGUGGAAGGAGAAGAUGCUGCAGGAUACAGAGUACAAGAGGAAGGAGAGGAGGAGGCAGAGGGAGCAGAAGAGGUGUGUUGACGGCACGCUUCCGCGCGAGGUGAAGAAGGUGAGGAAGGCCAGGAACCGGCGCCAGGAGUGGAACAUGAUGGCCUUCGACAAAGAGCUUCGUCCCGACCAUCGCCACCCUCACUCUCUUCACCGCGGGUUGUCAUCCGAGGGCUCUCUCUCUCCAGAGGGCAGGCCGUAUGGAACGGACUUUCCCGACUUCCCAGCUUCUCCAGUGUCCAUGCCGCAACCCUACAACCAUGUCCUCGCUCAGGGCUACCUGCCCGGGGAUGGGUCCUCCUCAGCCUCGGCGGAGCACGAGUACCACAGCAUUGGGGUCACCUACAGAGGACAGGCCACCAGCCACCCACGCCACUCUCCACCCCUGCCUCGCUCUUGUGACGGACUGAACGGAUCGAUCACCCUUCCACCUGCCGAUUACAGCAUUAUGGAGUACUAUGCCAGCUCCGGUCCACCACCUCCCACCCCAGCCCCACUCAUCCCCUCUGCACAGACGGCUUUUGGCACUCCUCUGGGUGCUCUCCCUCACGCUCCACACGCUGGACCUGGGGUUCCAGGCUACCCUCUCCCACCUCUACCUCCCCCGGGCCCACGGAUGGUACCCCCUCCCCCUGGUCCCCCACCUCCACCCGUGCCCCCUGACCUCCUACAGUUGGCGGGACACGGCGAGGGGAGGAGGGCCGACGCUCAACCGCCCGCCAACGCACGGAGCGAUCUCCUCUCCGCGAUUCGCAUGGGCAUUCAGCUGAAGAAGGUGCAGGAACAACAAGAGCAGCAAGCCAAGAAGGAGCCUGUGGGGAACGACGUGGCCACCAUCUUGUCUCGUCGCAUCGCGGUGGAGUACAGCGACUCUGAAGACGACUCUGAGCUGGAAGAAAACGAGUGGUCAGACUGACAUAGAUACUGCUCCUUAGCGACGCUCCUUAGCGA